AUGGAUCAAAUGAAAGCAGUCCGCGUUGUUACUGCAGGAAGUAAGGUAACGACCGAGCUUCGUGACGAACCCCUCCCAAGCCCAGGCCACCACGAAGUUCUGAUCCGAGUGCACGCCGUCUCACUCAACUACCGCGACACAGCGCUGCUGCGAGGCGAAUACCCAGCGAAAACCAAGAAGGAUGGCAUCCCCGUCUCUGACGGCGCCGGCGAGGUCAUCGCCGUCGGACCAGGAGUGACGCGGGUGAAGCCCAGCGACCGGGUCGCAGUCAGCUGCAAUACAGCCUGGACCGGCGGUCCGUAUAUCCCGGAGUAUGCCCUUACCAGCGUCGGGUUUCAGAUAGACGGGAUGCUAGCCGAGUAUGUGCUCUUUCACGAGGACGCACUCGUGCACAUCCCCGACUACAUGUCCUACCCCGAGGCUGCCUCGCUACCCUGUGCGGCGGUGACGGCGUGGACAGCGCUGAACAAGAUUGAGCCCCUUCAGCCGGGCCAGACGGUGCUGAUCCAGGGAACGGGGGGAGUCUCGCUGUUCGCGUUGCAGUUUGCGAACAUGUUCGGCGCCCGCGUGCUGGCGAUUACCUCGUCGGAUGAGAAAGCUGCGAGGCUCAAGGAGCUCGGCGCCGAUGCUGUGGUGGAUUACACCGCUUCUCCAGAUUGGGAUCACGAGAUUCUAGCUCUGACCGACGGCAAGGGAGUCGAUAGGGUCCUCGAUAUUGCGGGCGAAAAGACGAUUCGGAAGUCUGCGGCGUGUACCAAGGUAGGUGGUGUAGUUGUUGUGAUUGGGUUUGCGAGCGGUUUCGGCGGCGGGCUUCCGCCCAUCGAUAUACUCGCUCGGUCCCUGACGUUGUCCGGCUCAAUGAUCGGGUCACGGCUCGAUUUCGAGGCGAUGCUUAGGGCGAUGGCGAGACACAAGGUCCGGCCGGUCAUUGAUCGGGUUUAUCCCUUUGCAGAAUACCGAGAGGCGUACGGAAGGCUGGAGACUGGACAGCAAGUUGGCAAAGUUGUUAUCGAAGUUGCAAAUCAGGCGGCCAACUAG